UAUCCUCCAGCUGCAAUCACGCAAACGCACCGCCUUUUUUUGUUUUUGCAAAGAGCGUUUGGGGUCCACUCGUUUUCGUUCCAAUCAUAUACUGCCACGUUAACAUAUACUACUAACAAAUUGACGAAAGUGCCCCUGAGCGCAUAGUAAAUCUCACGCGCUUUCAUCUCCCCCUCCUAGAUUCGCUCCUCCACUGUCUUAAAGUUCCUUCCUUCCUUGUCACUUUGAUCAGAAAUCCAUAGCAACUCUCUCUCUCUGUCUCUGUAUUCGAAAAUGGCGAAACUGGUGAUGUUGAUGGUUCUCUGUAUCUUACCGGCGAUAGCCAUGGCGGCAAGGAUGCCAAGAAGCAUCGGAAAGAAUACUAUGGUGGUGCAAGGUUCCACUUACUGCGACACUUGCAAAUUCGGCUUCGAGACUGCUGAAUCCUCCUACUUCAUCCCCGGUGCGACGGUGAAGCUAGUGUGCAACGACAGGAAGACAAUGAAACCGAUCUACACAGACGUGGCAGUAUCAGACAAAGAAGGCAAGUACAAGUUCAUUGUCCACGAAGACCACAAAGACGAGAUGUGCGAUGUUGUGCUUGUGAAAAGCUCAGACGCAAGCUGCCCUAAAAUCUCCCCAGGACGCGAGCAAUCCCGUGUCAUCUUAAACCAUUACAAUGGCAUUGCCUCGCAGAUCAGACACGCCAACAACAUGGGUUUCGAGAAAGAAGUUAGCGAUGUCUUUUGCUCUGAGCUUAUUAAAAAGUAUCAGGUUGAUGAAGAUGAUGUUUAAGAUUAGACACCAUCCCUCUAAUCUCUCUCUCUAUCUUAAUUAAUGUGCAUCUUUUUUAUAUGUUAAUCCGGGGUUAUGAAAGAAAUUUAUAUUUGUAUUUGUUUUUAGAAGAUGAUUGAUUGAUUACUCUGGUGAUUCGGAACUCUGUUUGUGUAAGUUUCUUAUAUGGGCCUGUGUCACUUCCUUGCUUGGGAAGUGUCUUUUA